AUCGUCUGGGAAUCGGCAUCACCUCGAUCAAUAUGAAUGUUGGUAAUGUGAAGGAAGUGGAUCGGAGAGCGUUUGAUCUGACCACAGCGUACCGCAUAUUCAGUUUUGUAGCGGAAACGGACCAGCUGAAGGAUCAGUGGGUGGAGGCCAUGCGCAACUCUGUCGCAGAGGCCUUGUCCAAUUACGAAGUGGCUGAGCGCAUCUGGACGGAGCCGUCCAAUCAGAUGUGUGCCGACUGCAGCGCUGCCAAACCUGAGUGGGCCGCCAUCAACCUGGCCGUGGUUUUCUGCAAGCGAUGCGCAGGAGAGCAUCGCGGUCUCGGUCAGAGCAUAUCUAAAGUACGCAGUCUCAAAAUGGACAAGAAGGUCUGGACUGAUGAUCUCAUCCAGCUGUUCCGUGCUCUAGGAAACGAACGAGCCAAUCAGUUUUGGGCGGCAAACGUCCCUCCCAGCGAGGCCUUGACCCUGAACAGCAGCAGCGAGGAGCGACGCCGCUUCAUCACGGCAAAAUACCGCGAGGGGAAAUACCGCCGAUAUCACCCGCUGUUCGGAAACCAGAGAGAACUCAAUAACGCGCUGUGCAUUAACGUUCAGUCGAGCGAUGUGUGUGAGACGCUGGCGCUGGUGUUCUGUGGCGCUGAUGUGAGCUGCGACACCGGCGACCCCGAGCUGCCCUCCCCGAUCGCUCUGGCCCAACACCACGGACAGAACCUGCAGCUGGAGCUCCUCAUGCAGAACCGCAACACAGAACUCCCGAGGUCAGAGGUGAAGGUUGCCAUAGAUAGGGUGCACUACAUGGCCCCGCCCUCCGUCACGCAUAAUGGGUUUCUGUUUAAGACCGCCUCCAUGGCUCGACCAAUCACAGAGAAGAAGGGAAAAGAAGAGUUCAGUCGGCGCUGGUGUGUGCUGAAUGACGGGAAUUUUAGCUACUAUGAAAGUGACAAAAACGCUACACCGAACGGAGGAUUGAAGAUGAAGGAGAUCGUCUGUCUGGCUGUCAGCCCUCCUGAGACUCAUGGGUACGAUCACACGUUUGAGCUGUACUCGGACGCCGAGCGCUUGUAUCUGUUCGGCACUGAUAAUCCCGAGACCAUGCGCGAGUGGGUCAAAUCCAUCGCAAAGUCGUUCAUUCCUGCGGGUGUGGAGCAUCUGUUACUGAAGGACUUUGAGCGCAUCGGCCGGCUGCGUUAUAAAGACAGACUGAACCGGGAGAUGUCGAGACUGGGCUGGUUCUGUUUGGUGGGAUCCAACCUGCACAUCCGGCUGGAGGAGCACACCGCAGACGAGACCAUCGACCUGCAGAAGCUGCUGGAGCUCUCGAUCCAGCCGGAGAAUGAGGUUCUGGUUCUGGUGGAGCGAGGCAGGACGCUGUACAUCGAGGGCGAGAGGAAGCUGGACUUCCUGGGCUGGGCGGCAGCCAUCCAGAGGAAUGCUGGGAGUUCUGGAGACACACUGAGUCAGCAGCAGCUGACGGAGGCCGACAUUCCCGUGAUCGUGGAGCGCUGCAUUCAUUUCACCACUCAAUACGGUUUGACCUCAGAGGGAAUCUACCGUAAGAGUGGUGUGAACAGUAAGGUCGCCGCCCUGCUGGAGGAGUUCAGACGCGACGCCAGGUGCGUUUGGCUGAAGGAAGGUGAACAUCAGGUGGAUGACGUCUCCAACGUCCUCAAGCGCUUCUUCAGAGGCAUCGAGGAGGGAUUGUUUGGCCUGGAGGCGCACAGCUGGCUCAGCGCUACAGCUUUUUCAGACGAGAGCAGUCGGAUCUGUCAGUAUCGUCUUCUGUUCAGUAACCUUCCCCGAGUCAAUCAGGCGACGCUACGCGCGCUAGUUAAUCAUUUAUACUGCGUCCAGCGGUUUGCGGAUCUCAAUCAGAUGAAUCUUCACAAUCUGGCCAUCGUGUUCGGACCGACUCUCUUCCAGGCGGACGGGAAGGACUACAGCGCCGGCCGAGUCAUCGAGGAUCUCAUCCAACACUACGUCACUAUAUUCGAUGUGAACGAGCAGCAGCUGAAGAAGCAGUUAGAUGAGAUCACAUACAUCAUAAAGCUCAGAGACAACCUCGCGCCUAAAGCUGGAACGGGCAGUGGUGAUUUUAUCUGUACAGUUUACUUGGAGGAGAAGAAGGAAACAGCUGAACAGCAUGUGAAGGUGUGCGUGUGUGUGUCAGAGCGGCCACUGCACUAUCAGGAGAAAGUGCUGCCCAUCUUUCACUCUCUGGGCACCGACAGUCACCUGCUGGUCAAGAAGCACUUCUCCAUGGAGGCCAUGCUGGUCUAUCUGGCCAGUAAAGUGGAGGUGUCCAAACACGGUAUGAUGAAGUUCAGAGAGGAGAGGAGUCUUCUGGGUUUGAGCACCGGGAGCUUCAAUGACCGAUACUUCAUCCUAACCAGCACCUCGCUCAGACUCUAUAAAGAAGUCCGGAAUCUGCAAAAGCUGCAAAGCCCAGAGCUGCAGUGUAGUAAUCGUCCCGAGAGAGAGUGGCCCGUCAAGUGUCUGAAAGUCUAUCACGGCAUGAAAAAGAAGCUCCGUCCACCAACAUGUUGGGGUCUCACAGUCGUCUAUGAAAGUGAGAAACAGGAAAAGCAGGAGAGACAGCAGUGGUAUCUCUGCUGUGACACACAGAAUGAAAUGAGGGAGUGGUUUGCUACAUUCAUGAGCAUACAGAACGGAGGUCGUGUUUGGCCGGCGGAGUGGUUGAAGUCUCGCGUGGCGAGUCGCUCUGCGCCGCUGGACACUCGCUUCGGUAACGUGUCUCUGAUUCCUCUGCGCGGCAGUGAGAACGAGAUGAGGAAUAGUGUCGCCGCUUUCACAGCCGAUCCUCUCGCCGUGAGUCUAAUCAGCCAAUCACAACCGGGCUCGGCCAAUCACACAGCCAAUCACGAGGCUCUCUGCUCCCAAACACACUGAGCUCAGCGUCCAGUUUAAUGCAUCAGAGAGGCACAGAGUUACAUAAGUCAUUAUUUCAUGUUCUUUUUUAAAAAAAAAUUUAU